AUGGCGGCAGCAGAAACAGACCCCUCGGAUCCCUUCAAGGGAAUGAAAUGGAUCAAUGCUCCGAAAAGAUCCAAAUGGGAUAUCACGGAUGGACGUUUGAAGCUCAGUGUUCCCUCCCAGACGGAUCUAUGGCGUGGAACCAAAUUUGGUUUCACCAAGGAGAACGCUCCCUACUUUUUCAAGAAAAUCUCUGGCGACUUUCAAGUAACCUGCCAUAUCAAAGGAAAAUUCGACCAACUCUAUGAUCAGGGAGGUAUCCUGAUCCAAGCAUCCAAAACGGUAUACCUCAAAUGCGGGAUCGAAUACUUCAAAGAUCAGUGCUAUGCGAGUACCUGUGUUACAAAGGAGAACUCGGACUGGUCCUUGAUGCCUCUCCCGGAUAAGGCAAAGCAAGCGUGGUUCGUUAUCAAACGGAUUGGAGAUUGUGUACAAGUGUACUCCUCCCAAGAUGGUGUUAUAUACAAUCAGGUCCGACUGGCUGUCUUGACGGAUGAACCCAUUUUGAAGGUGGGAUUGUUUGGAGCCUGCCCUCAAGGAACUGGCUUCAAAAUCUACUUUGAACACUUUUCGAUUGAAGAGGAGUCUGGAGAAGGCGAGGAAGAAGAUUGGGGCGAAGAAGAGGAUUACGGAGAGUACGAGGAUGAAGGUGAAUUUGCGUUGGAAUCUGACGAAGAGGAGAAUCUAGAUUAA